AUGACCACCACUCCAACCACCCUCAUUUCCCGCCCUUCUCCUCCCCUUCUUAAUGUGAAGGUUCCCACAGGGACAAGCUCUCGUCCCCUUCCCCUUCCAGCCACACCAACCACACUCCCCACCACUCCUCCCACACGCAUUUCCCGCCCUACUCCUCCCUCUUUGUAUGAAGGUUCCACGUGGACAAGCUCUCAUCCGCACACGGGGCAGGGCAUUGAUGACGUCACACCUGAGAUGCUGGAGGACUGUGCGCAGCUGGUCAAGGCCAACUCCAUCAUGGGCAACAAGCUGAACAACAUCGACGUGGUGUACACUCCCUUGGCCAACCUCUGCAACAAGCUGAGCAACAUCGAUGAGGUCUACACGCCUUGGGCCAAUCUCCACGUGCCUUCAUGGAUGUAUCUCCCUCCCCCUUCCCUCUGUGAGGCCAUGGGAGGCCAUGGGAGGCCAGGGGAGGACAUGGGAGGCCAGGUAGGUCAGGUGAGGCCAGGGGAGGCCAGGGGAGGCCAAGUGAGGUGUGGGCCGGAUGAGAUUUGGAAAAGAGUGGCAAUGAGGAACGUUGACGUGGUGUACACGCCCUGGGCCAACCUUCGAAAGGCAGCUUCCAUGGACGUUGGACAGAAGGAAGCUCGGGAGGUGGAGGACCGAGCAGCAAGGAAGGCAGUCCUGAGGGAACAGGCUAGACGGGAGCAGGAGGAGAAGGCUCUGAGCAGCGGCAGGUGGAGUUACGGAGUUAACAAGGGCAUAAUGGUGGAGAAGAAAAUGACGCCAAAUAAAGAUACUGCCGCCAAGAUGGAAAGGAAAAGCGUACAGGACGUAUCGGAUGAUUUUAUGUGA